UGUAAAAUCUGUGAAAAGGUGAUUAGAAGAGAUAUGUCAAGACAUAUGAGGAUUCAUGAAGAAGUUAGUCGUUUUAGAUGUGUUUAUCCAAGAGGGAAUUGUGCACACAAGACUGGGUUUUUCAAUCGUCAAUAUGAUUUCAAAAAGCAUUUAUUACAUUUCCAUUUUGAAUUUGAUGAUGGUGAAGUUAAAAAAUUCUAUAGUUUGAAUGAGAAACUACCACAUUGGGGGACUUGUACUUGUGGAGUGAGGUUUACAGGUGGUGAUUGGUUAAAUAAUCAUAUUUUGACAAAGGAUCCACAGAAAUUGUGUUCGCAUUUGAAAAGGUUGAAGGAAUUGGAAUCGUCGUCGAUUGUUCCUUCAAGGAAGAUUUAA